AUGACGUCUCAAUCCAGUCAUGGCCUCUCACCUGCCUCCAUUGAGACCAUUGCAGGCCUGUCUGCAGGUCUGGUCGCGACCAUCAUUGUCCACCCACUGGAUAUCAUAAAGACAAGACUUCAAGUUGACACCUCCACCCAUCCUCUUCUCAACUCCUCCCGCUCCGUCCUCCGUGACAUUUGGCGAAACGAAGGGCCUACACGAUUUGCGGCAUUAUACCGUGGACUGACUCCAAAUCUGGUGGGCAAUUCUGCAGGAUGGGGGCUGUACUUCUUGUGGUACCGGGAAGCUCAAGAUGUGAUCCGCACACUUCGGGGAUAUCAAACAAGUCAACAACUCACAUCGGUUGACUACCUGACCGCCUCGGCACUAUCUGGCGGACUAUCUGCUAUACUUACAAAUCCAAUCUGGGUGGUCAAGACACGUAUGCUUUCCACCUCGGCCACACAAACGGGUGCAUACCAGGGCAUGAUUUCGGGUCUCAGUUCGAUCUACCGAACAGAAGGCGUUCGUGGGUUCUUCCAUGGCAUGACACCUUCGCUCAUCGGGGUCAGCCACGGCGCGUUGUAUUUUGUGGCGUAUGAAAAGCUCAAGUUCUGGCGGAGGCAGUCCAGAAAGACUGAUCAGCUCACCAACAUGGACACUCUGAUGACUUCGUCCCUAUCAAAGGUAUUUGCUGGAGUGAUAACCUACCCGCUCCAGGUGGUGCGUGCCCGCUUGCAGACAUACAAGCCAGGCGCCACCACGCACGUACGCGGACCUGGCAUCGUUGCCUUGGUGAAACAGAUCUGGCACAACGAGGGGCUCGUGGGCUAUUACAAAGGCCUUCUCCCUAAUCUCCUUCGUGUCAUUCCCAGCACUUGCGUGACUUUCCUAGUCUACGAGAACGUGAGAUGGAGUCUGCCGAGGAUAUUUGGAGGGCAAGAAGAUGACGUUGCGGUCACCAGCACGAGUGUGGCGCCGAAAGCGAACAAAAAGGGCACGAUAUGA